AGAUGAGUGAUGAAUUUGGAUUUGAUAAAGAAGUUCCUAAAGAAAAAGAUAAGAUUGAAGUAACAUCAUGUGUAAUUAUUGAUAAUGACAAAAAUCAAGAGAUGAUUGAGCGGUGUAAUCGGGUUGAUAUGAACAGAAGUAUUCACAAUUUAAUUGGUACUUUUGAAGUAGAUUCAGAUGUUGUGAAAGAAGUUGGAGAUAAAGUUGAGAAAUUGGGUGUGUGUUUGAAACAUUUAAAUUAUGAUCAAAACACACUUCACAGACCUCAGAUUGGAGAAUCCCGAGAAGCUUGUCAGCAACACUUAUGGAAUGUUUGUGGACGGAAUAUUCAAAUACCUUGUCGUGGAUUGCACGACUGUCCAGCAAUAACUCCACAUUCAAAUUUAUCUAGCAUCCCAGAAAAUAUGCAACAUGUUAGAUAUAUUUGCACUGGUUGCUUGACAUCAUAUGGCGGACAUCUACAUGCCAGACCAGGUUCUGGGAAAAGAUCAGUUUCUUGUGUGCAAAGUGAAAAGCAUCAUGAAGAUUCUACAUCUUCUUUAAAACUUAUUGCUAAAUUUAUUAAUAACAUUGCAUUAUCAACUGAUAAUAAUGUAAAAAAUAAUCUAUUGAACCUUUUAAUCAAUGCUAUUAAAGAUUUCAAUGAAAUACCUUCAGAAACAACAUCAUUGGAUUCUGCAGUAACAACAUCUUCUAACAACCAAAUGAUUCCAAGUUUUUUCCUUUUAAAUGUGAUAUUUGCACUAAAAAAAUUUUCUAUAAAUGAAGAUAGAGAAAUAAAUCAGCUAAAUCCAGAUACAUUUGAAAAUUAUGGUAAAAAUUUGGCAAUUUCAGUUUGGAAAUCAUAUACCAUAGUUAAAGAAAAUCAAAAAUCAUUGGAAAAUCCAGAGUCUCUUGAUGAAUACCAUAAGGCAAUGCCAAAAAAUCUCACUUCAUUUUUUAAAUUAAAUAACUCCAUUAUUCAAAAAAUCACCACAUUUUUUGCAUCAGUAGUGUUGACAUUUGCUUUUCCUUUUUCAAAGAUUUGGUUCACACAAAUCAUGUCAUCACUUUGCCAAAACUCCAAGCUUCUUCCUUAUCUUUAUUCAAUUUUGCAAACAGUCCGAGUUGUAUCACAUACCAAACAUCAUGAAUCUAGAAUUCUCCAAGAACGGAUAUCAAAUAUUGUACCAGCAUCAAAACUUAAAACUGGACCAAAUAUUUGGAAUCUUGCUGUGGUUGACAAUAUUGACAUCAGUCAACACACGUUUUCUUAUGGAAAUAUCUUUGAUGUCACUCUUCACACUUCACAUGCAAUGCUGAGAACAGUUUUCCAAAUUGAGUUUCCAGAUCCUGAAACAUCAUGCCCUACUGAUCACAUUGAACAGAUGUUGCCAGAACCAUUAUUUGUUGGCAAUCAAUUCACUAAUGAGUGGAUUGAAAAAUUUAAUAAUGUAUUUUCUACAUUAUGUGAAGAAAAUGGUAAAGAUUUUGGAGUAGAUAGAAUUAAUGACUCAAUUCAAAAAUAUAUCAAAA